AUGGGGUGUUCCUCAUCGAAAAAUUCCGAUCAAGUAGUUGCCCAAGGAAACAUGGCUCGUCCACAAGUUUUCUUCGACAUUACCAUCGGCGGUAAAGCGUCCGGACGUAUCGUCAUGGAGCUCUACUCGGACAUUGUACCCAAAACGGCCGAGAACUUCCGUGCUCUAUGCACUGGUGAGAAGGGAAUGGGAAAGUCUGGAAAGCCGCUCCAUUUCAAAGGCUGCAAGUUCCAUCGUAUCAUCCCGAACUUCAUGAUCCAAGGUGGUGAUUUCACCCGUGGAAAUGGAACUGGUGGCGAGUCCAUCUAUGGUGAGAAGUUCCCCGAUGAGAACUUCAAGGAGCGACACACUGGACCUGGAGUGCUCUCCAUGGCGAAUGCUGGUCCUAACACGAACGGUUCGCAGUUCUUCCUUUGCACUGUGAAAACCGAAUGGUUGGACGGUAAGCACGUUGUUUUCGGGCGCGUCAUCGAAGGAAUGGAUGUUGUGAAAACAAUUGAGAGCCAUGGAUCUCAGUCCGGAAAACCAUCGAAGGACUGCGUGAUUGCAGACUGUGGACAGCUAUAA